GUCAGGCUAAACGUGGUUGGCCAAUCUGUGGACCGGCGUGUAACGCAAACUCAGCCCACAGCGUUCACAAGGCUCCGAAGGCUCGCCCAGCGAGGAAACGCGCAUUUCCUAUCCUUCUUGGGGCUUCGAAACCGCCUCACUACUUUCGCCACCCCGCAAGGCCUUCUGGGAUGUCCCCGGACUGAAGGGCUCUGCUCAUCUGGUUUCAGAUCUAGCGCAUCCGUGAUUGGCUGGCGGUUUGGGAGAGCCGCCUGUGGAUUGGUAGCCGCGGGAGGGCGGGGGAAAGCUGGCGCCGCAUUCUGCGUGGUGCCGUCACCACGUCGCCGCCGCCGCGCCGUCUCACCGAGGUUUGAAUGUGAAGCUGAGCCGUAGGAGGAGUUGCUGUUGUCGUUGCUGCUCGCGCUGUCAGGGGACCCGUCAGGUUCAGUUAUGGAGCUGAGUGAUGCCAAUUUGCAGACUUUAACAGAAUACUUAAAGAAGACGCUAGAUCCUGAUCCUGCCAUAAGGCGUCCUGCGGAAAAAUUCCUUGAAUCUGUUGAAGGAAGCCAGAAUUAUCCACUGCUACUCUUAACGCUAUUGGAGAAGUCACAAGACAAUGUCAUAAAAGUCUGUGCUUCUGUCACAUUUAAGAACUAUAUUAAAAGAAACUGGAGAAUUAUUGAAGAUGAACCAGACAAAAUAUGUGAAACUGACAGGAUAGCUAUUAAAGCCAACAUAGUACACCUGAUGCUCAGCAGCCCAGAACAAAUUCAGAAACAGUUAAGUGAUGCUAUUAGCAUAAUUGGUAGAGAAGACUUUCCUCAGAAAUGGCCUGACCUGCUAACAGAAAUGGUAAAUCGCUUUCAGAGUGGUGACUUCCAUGUUAUUAAUGGAGUUCUUCGUACGGCACAUUCUCUAUUCAAAAGGUACCGUCAUGAGUUUAAAUCAAAUGAACUGUGGACGGAGAUCAAACUUGUCCUUGAUGCAUUUGCACUACCCUUGACCAAUCUCUUUAAGGCCACCAUUGAACUUUGCAGUACUCAUGCAAAUGAUGCCAGUGCUUUGAAAGUUCUGUUCUCCUCUCUGAUUCUUAUUGCUAAGUUGUUCUACAGUUUAAAUUUUCAAGACCUCCCUGAAUUUUUUGAAGAUAACAUGGAAACCUGGAUGAUGAACUUCCAUAACCUUUUAACUUUGGAUAAUAAACUCUUACAAACAGAUGAUGAAGAGGAAGCUGGUCUUCUAGAACUUUUGAAAUCCCAAAUUUGUGAUAAUGCUGCUCUGUAUGCACAAAAAUAUGAUGAAGAAUUUCAACCUUACCUGCCCCGUUUUGUCACUGCAAUUUGGAAUUUAUUGGUCACAACUGGUCAAGAAGUUAAGUAUGAUCUGCUGGUAAGUAAUGCAAUCCAGUUCCUGGCUUCCGUUUGUGAGAGACCCCAUUACAAGCACCUGUUUGAAGAUCAGAAUACACUGACAAGUAUUUGUGAAAAAGUUAUUGUUCCCAAUAUGGAAUUUAGAGGUACAUCUCUUUAUUUAUUUAUUAAAUGUAUAUGCAGCCAGAGACCCAAAAAUGACUUCCAGCACUUUACAUCACAAAACAUAAACCAUCAUUGAACAUGAACACACCGUAAAUUAAUUAAAAACAAGUGCAAAGUGCAAAUAAGUGACAUUUCCAACUGCCCUGCAGAAGAGUUCAUUCUUCAGUAGCUUCCAGAAGACCUGCAAGGAGGGAAGGGGGUACUAUUUUUAUUUAGUAUGCAUUUUACAUCUAAGCUCAGUACAAUACCUAUUUUUUCCAUUUCAUGAUACGGGGUCUGUAGCUGAAAAAGUUACCUGGGGGUUCCCGUCUCCUUCACCUUGUUGGCUUGGGGAACAAUAAAAGUUGUUAGCAGGACAUAGUCACUGGAUGAGUCAAGAGGGCUGCUUCAGGGCCUAGAAGGUGGUCCUGAAAGUAUGUAGGUCCUAACAUUUUGGUCAAAAAUAGCACCUUGAAAUGUAUUAGUAACCAAUGAGCAACUGUAAAAUAGGUGUUAUGUGGCUGCGGGGACUUGAUUUGUUAAUAUACAAGCUGUUACAUUUUUCCAUCUGCAUUUUCUGAAUGGUUUCAAAGUCACUCCCACGCAGGAGCACACUGCAAUAAGCAGGUGAUAAGUGCAUCAGUCAUUUCCCAUUCCAUGUAGGGCUGCAACGGGCACACCAGCUAAAGCUGGGCAAAGUUUCCCUGGGCGCAGACUCCGUCUGCCUACCCAGCAGUAGCUGUAAAUUCAGGAAGACCCCACAGUCCCGGACUUGCUCUUUCAAGGGGAAUACCACUUCACUAAUAUCAUUGAAGGUGACAGAGAACUCUUCUGUAAAUUUUGCUUGGACUCAUCUUUAGAUCUGGGUGUCAGAACUACGAUGCUCAAAUCCC